AUUUAAUGAAGAGACGGUGAAGUGACUGCAUUGCUAAAAGCAAAGGGAGGAUUACAGCGACUAUCAGUGAAAAUGCUUCCAUGUUGUUUGAACGCUGAUCAAAAAAUCCUGGGGAUUGUCCAGGCCAUCACUGGAGCCGUAAUGUUCAUGUUUGGUUUUGCCAAUAGAAAUAGUCACAGUGUGUCUGACUCCAGCGGUGUUAUAUAUUGGGGAUCUAUCAGUUUUAUCUCCUCCGGUAUCCUGUCAGCCGUUCCUGGAGGUCGUUGGCAGAGUUGUUUGAAAAAAGUCUCGAUGAUUAUGAACCUGAUCAGCACCGGGGGUGGGAUUGCAGCCACUGGUCUGUUCUCUGCUGAUCUGUACAAUGUUGUACAAGAUCCCAAACUGUUAAAUGAGCUGAAAAAGCUUUCAAUACGUGAUUUUAACCCCUUUCAGAAUGGUAGUGGAAACUCUGGAGCACUCCUGGUUUUUUCUCUACUCGAAGUCUGCAUGUCCAUCUGGACAUUUAUACGGAUUUGGAAAUCCAAAUGAUCCAUCUUUCCCCUUACUGUUUUGGAAGUACUAUUAUUAUUGAUUUUAUACCUUUUGUUUAUUUCUACUUUUGUUAAGGAAUUAUGGAAUUGAAUUGUUAAGCCUGGACAGCAAUUUUGAACUUGAUUUUUCCCCUAACACAAUUCUUGGUUCAUCCCUUUAGCAAUUCAAGUGAGGAUCAUCCCUUUAGCCAUCCAGCUCACCUUAAAGCAUGUUUAGACCUUCUUUAUAUUUAUGCUAAAACAUAUGACAUGAAGUAAAAAAAAUAUAUGAAUUUUAAUGUGAUCUUUUCUUUUUCUAUGAUUUUCUUACGAUAUU